GAUGUAUGUGAGCGCGUGUGGUGCUCAGAUCAGAUCAGCGCGGGAGUGCUGGGGUCACUCCAACCUUGUGCGCGCGCGCCACUUGCUCCUCACACGAGGGUUACAAGAAACAGAAAACCCCUCGUGCCUCCCUGCACUCCAUCAGGUCCGGUACCGCCGCUGCACCAUGACAGCCGCCGCGUCCACGGUGGCGAGCGCGAGCGUCGCGCGCAUCACGCCCGAGCUGCUGCGCGACCUGCUGCGCCGCUACAACCUCUCGCGCCACGAGUUCAUCCGCGCGUACGGAGUCCCGCCGCUCGUCUACACGCCCGAGCUGCCCGCGCGCGCGCGCACCGCCUUCGUGCUCACCUACGCCGCGAUCUUCGCGCUCGCGCUGCUGGGGAACGGCGUGGUGCUGUGCGUGCUGGCGCGCGAGGGAGCCGCGCGGCGCGCCUCCAGCCUCUUCAUGUGCUCGCUCGCGCUCAGCGACCUGCUCAUCACCUUCUUCUGCGUGCCCUUCACCCUCCUGCAGAACAUCUCCUCUCAGUGGAGCGGAGGUGUCCUGGUGUGUAAAACUGUCCCGUUCGUCCAGACCACAGCGAUAGUGACGGGCAUCCUCACCAUGACCUGCAUCGCUGUGGAGAGAUACCAGGGCAUCGUCCAUCCCCUUAAAAUGAAGAGGCAGUACACUCCCAAACGUGCUUAUAAAAUGCUGGGACUGGUGUGGGUGGUCUCCAUCAUGGUGGGGUCUCCGAUGCUGUUCGUCCAGCAAUUAGAGGUGAAGUAUGAUUUCCUGUAUGAGCAUCAUCACGUGUGCUGUCAGGAGCUGUGGGGUUCGGAGCUUCACCGUAAGAUCUACACCACCUUCAUCAUGGUGGCACUGUUCCUGCUGCCGCUGGCUGCCAUGCUCUUCCUCUACACCCGCAUCAGCAUCGAGCUGUGGAUCCGCAAACGAGUCGGAGACGUCUCCGUCCUCAGCACCAUGAACCACCGAGAGAUCAGCAAGAUAUCCAGGAAGAAAAAACGUGCCGUCAAGAUGAUGAUCACAAUCGUUCUGAUGUUCACCAUCUGCUGGGCCCCUUUCCACACUGUCCACAUGCUGUUUGAAUAUAAUGACCUGGAGUCGAAGUACGACGAUGUGACUCUGAACAUGAUCAUCGCUGUGGUGCAGGCCAUCGGCUUCUCCAACUCCUUCAACAACCCCAUCGUCUACGCCUUCAUGAACGAGAACUUUAAGAAGAGCUGCGUCUCCACGCUCUCAGCCUGUCUGCGCCGACCCCGGCGGCUAGAUGGCGCUCCCGAGAGAGCAAACCUCAGCGUGCAGUUCUCCAGACCACUAAAACGACAAGCGUUUAUGGGAAACGACUCGGCUAACAUGGAUCAGAACGGGGGGAGCAGCAGGACCUCUGAACUUCCAGCCACGUAAAAAUAUCGGCUGGUGACAAUUCAGAACAAUUCAGAACUGCAAACAAGCGUCAAACCUUUUAGUGACAUUUUCUGGGUCUGGGUCAUUUUACUUCAUCACAGAACCAGAGAACUGCUUUGGACUCGGGCUCAAGUUUCUGUGCUGGAGUCUAUGGUUCUGAAUCAACACCAUGAGCUUGAUUUAGAGUUUAUAUACUGUAUAAAGCUCACAUAGACUAUGUCUAUUAAAGAAUGAGGAUGAAGUACUGGAGCGGGUUAAAUGUGAAUAAGAUUAUGCUUGCGAUAUUCAUCCAUCAGUACAGGUCAACCACCUGUAACCUGCGUUGAUGAAUGCUAUUUUUGCUAUGUUUAUUUACUUUAUUUAUAUAGUUAUAAAUAAAGACUGAAAGGACAUUUAGGAAUCAUUAUAUUUUUGGCUUUGUUGCAUAAACUUUCAACAAAGCCCUGUGAAGUCCCUCAAGGUUCUAUUUUAGGGUCUAUGCUUUUUUAUACGCUACUUUUUGGCAAUGUCAUUGAGAAACUCAAGAUCAGUUUCCAUAGCUAUGCUGAUUAAACUCAAUCAAAAACAUUUUUAUCACCGUGUUCUAGGUGACAAAGUCUUACAUUGUUGAUGUCAUGAAGAACCUUUGUUUUUAAUUUACUUCUGGACACAACAUAAAUCUUGGUUGUUCUUGUGCAUUGUGUCACAAGUGGGUUUUACAUCCACUAAGUUUUUGUGAAUUUUAAAAAUGCAUAAUAAUUUUACAAAGACCAAAAAAAAAAAAAAUCUCAAAGUUUUUAAAGCUAAAUUGAGAAAAAAAGAGAUGGAAACGUUUUUUGUUUUUUUUUAAAUAAAUGAUGACGUAUCAAGCUGUAAGAACCUCUGGCACAUCUGGAAAUAUGACAUUUUUCAAUAGAUCCGUUCUUUUGCCUGACAUACAUUGUAUACAUAAUGAUAACCUGGCUAACACCAUAUGUCUCCAUAUCUCUCCUCCCCUCUCCAUCCCAUACUACCCUAUACUCCCCUACACCCCCUGUACUCUCCUACACCGCUUAUACUCCCCUACUAUACUCCUUCUCUUCCUAUACUACACUAUAAUACCAUAUAUUGCCCUAUACUACCCUAUUCUCCCUAUACUACCAUACACUGUCCUAUACUACCCUAUACUCCCUAUACUACCAUAUACUGUCCUGUACUCCCUAUUCUCCCUAUACUACACUAUACUACCAUACACUGCCCCAUACUACCCUAUACUACACUAUACUAUUAUAUACUGUCCUGUACUCCCUAUACUACACUAUACUACCAUACACUGCCCCAUACUACCCUAUACUAACACUAUACUAUUAUAUACUGUCCUGUACUCCCUAUACUACACUAUACUACCAUACACUGCCCGAUUCUAUCCUGUUCUCCCUAUACUACACUAUACUAUCAUAUACUGUCAUGUAUACCCUAUUCUCCCUAUAUUACACUAUGCUACCAUAAACUGACCUAUACUACCCUACUUUCACUAUACUAAACUAUACUACCAUACACUGCCCUAUACUACUCUUUACUGCCCUAUACCUAAACUACACUAUACCUCCCUAUACUCCUUACAGUACACUAUACUACCAUACACUGCCCUAUACUCCCUAUACUAGACUACACAACCAUAAACUGCCCUAUUUUCACUAUAAUACACAACACUAACCUAUACUACCCUUCAUUGCCCUAUACUACACUAUACAUCAUGUCCCCUGUAUUGCCCUAUACCUACACUAGCCUAUAUUACUCUUUACUACCCUAUACUCCCUUAACUACACUAUUCUUCCCUAUACUCCUCAUACUACACUAUACUACCAUUCACUGCCCUAUACUCCCUAUAAUACACGAUACUACCAUAUACUGUCCUAUACUACACUAUACAACCAUACACUGCCCCAUACUACCCUAUUUUCACUAUACUACACAAUACUACCGUUUACUACCCUUUAUUGCCCUAUAUUACACUAUACAUCAUGUCCCCUGUAUUGUCCUAUACCUCCGUACACUAGCCUAUAUUUUGCACAAAGUUCUAUUUUAUAUUUACCAGACAACUACAGAAACUCCAGGGCCAGGAAAGGUUUUGUUCUGACGACACUUCCGUGAAGGUCAUCUGAAUCUUUUCAUAUUUGUAUCAUCUUUCAUAUUUGAUUUGUCUUUGUUUCUUGUCUUUCUUUGUUAAAUAUUUCAGGCCUGUGGUGUUUUUGUGCUUGUGCUGGAGUAAGACAGGAGAAUGAAAGCUGCUGAUCGAUGCUUGUGCUUUAUUGUGUUCUAAAGAGCUUCUGAAGUCCAUGCAUGAAGUGUAGCAAAGCUAAUGUCCUACUUCUGAAUCACCCCGGCUCUUUCAAAGAGCCCAUCAAGCUGAGGCUAUGGAUGCAGAUUAGAGUAAAUAAGACUCUUGAAGAUAUUUUCAGAGGCGAGCCCACCUCACUGAGUGGCUUAGUGAUGGCUGAGCCUCCAAACUAAGCUUCACAUUACAUAUAACUACCAGCCUGUGUCACAUUCAUGCAAAAUAUGUUAUGUAUAAAUGCUGCAAUGAAAACUGUAGAGGGUAUCCACCUGUUCCACUUGUAGGAACACCAGCAGGAACAAUGGUACACUUGCAGGAAUAUGUUCUACGGUACACAAAGAGGAACACAAAUCUCCUCCUGUAGGAGCUCUUGUAUACCUACAGGAAUAUAGCUACACCUAAAGGAACCUUGAGACUCCUGUAGAAGCUCUGCUAUACCUACAGGAACAAACCUACAGGAAUAUUUAGACUCCUGUAGAAGCUCUGAUUUACCUACGGGAACAUUGAAACUCCUGUAGAAGCUCUGGUAAACCAACAGGAACAUUGAGACUCCUGUAGAAGCUCUGCUAUAUCUACAGGAACCAACCUACAGGAACAUUAAGACUCCUGUAGAAGCUCUGGUAUACCUACAGGAACAUUGAGACUCCUGUAGAUGCUCUGCUAUAUCUACAGGAACCUUGAAACUCCUGUAGAAGCUCUGCCAUACCUACAUGAACCAACCUACAGGAACAUUGAGACUCCUGUAGAAGCUCUGCUACACCUACAGGAACAUUGAGACUCCUGUAGAAGCUCUGCUACACCUACAGGAACAUUGAGACUCCUGUAGAAGCUCUGCUACACCUACAGGAACCUUGAAACUCCUGUAAAAAGCUCUGCUAUACCUACAGGAACCAACCUGCAGGAACACGAACCAACCUACAGGAGACUACUGUAGAAGCUCUGGUAUACCUACAGGAACAUUGAGACUCCUGUAGAAGCUCUGUUCUAUCUACAGGAACCUUAAAACACCUGUAAAAGCUCUGCUACACCUACAGGAACCAACCUACAGGAACAGGAACUAACCUACAGGAGACUCCUGUAGAAGCUCUGGUAUACCUACAGGAACAUUGAGACUCCUGUAGAAGCUCUGCUCUAUCUAUAGGAACCUUAAAACUCCUGUAAAAGCUCUGCUAUACCUACAGGAACCAACCUACAGGAGACUCCUGUAGAAGCUCUGGUUUACCUACAGGAACAUUGAAACUCCUGUAGAAGCUCUGCUACACCUACAGGAACAUUGAGACUCCUGUAGAAGCUCUGCUACACCUACAGGAACGUUGAAACUCCGGUAGAAACUCUGCUAUAUCUACAGAAACCAGCCUACAUGAACCUUGAGACUCUUGUAAAAGCUCUGCUACACCUACAGGAACAUUGAUACUUUUAUAGAAGGUCUGGUAUACCUACAGGAAUCUUAAAACUCCUGUAGAAGCUCUGGUAUACCUACAGGAAUCUUGAGACUCCUGUAGAAGUUCUGAUAUACAUACAAGGACAAUUGCCUUUCACUAAUUGCCCUAGUGAAACACUGGCACACCUACAUGAACUACAGGAACACUUCAGAAUGCUUAUAUACCAGCAGGAAUGGUGGCACACCUACAGGAGCACUCGUAUACCAGCAGGAACUCAGGCCUCGGACCUGGGACACAUGCAAAACCAAUGGUAGACAUAUCUGAAAUGCUUAUAUGCUUACAGGAACACUUGUUGACCUGCAGGAACACUGGUAGAUCUAUCAAAAUUCUGAAACAUCUGCAGGAACACUGGCAAACCUACAUGAACAUUUGCACAUCUACAGAAAAAACUGGUAAAACUGGUAGACCUGGUACGCCAGGAGGAAUGUUGGUACACCCACAUGAGCAUUUGUACACUUGUACAUUACAAAGAGAAUAUUUUGUCUUGGAUGCUGAGCGUUUUAUAGGUUGAUGUUUUGUUUCCUUCACCAAUAAAUCUCAUUUGUAUUCUGUGUA